CAAAACACCUUAAGAACUUAAAGUACAUCAGUGUAAUAGUAAUAGCUUUAUAGAGAAUCUACCACCUCAAAGAAGAGGUGUUCUGCUUUUAGACAGCUCUAGUUUUUAGGAAGAUUUUUCUUACAUCAGCUCUAAAUUAAGCUCUUUGAAAUUUCCAUCCAUCAGUCCUAGUUCUGGGCCAAAAAAAAUCCAUGAGACCUCCAAUAGCUGGAAGUAUGGAGAUCAGAGACAAAGCACUGGACCUGGAGGCCCCAAGAUUUGGGUUCCAAACUAGUCUUAGAUAUUUAUCAGCUGUACGGUUCUUGACAAACUGUUCCAUCUCUCUGGGCCUCAGUUUCCUCAUCUGAAAAAAUGAGAGAGUUAGACCCAAUAAUUCUAAAGUCCCUUCCAGCUCUGAAUUUAUAAUUCUAUGAUCGCCUAUUCUCCAAUCUAAAUGGCCCCAGUUCCUUAAAUUAAUCUUUGUAUGAUCUAAACCACAGAUCUUCUACUGCCUUAGAGGCUCUCCAACUUUUCAGUAUCCUUUAUAACACUUGAUAAUGAGAACUGAAGACAAUAAUCCAGAUGUGGUCUGAGCAGGAUGGAGGACAACAGUACAAUGGCCCAGAGUCUCAGUGCACCCAAAGGUGUCUUAGCAGUUUUGAUGACCAGCUCAGUAGUGAGAUUUAAGAUUAUGGCAGGGGUUGGACUAGCCCUCUGAGGUUUCUUACAACUUAGAAGCAAAUACUCUUCAUUAUCUGUUCCUUUCAGCCUGGGACACAAGAUCAGAGAACCAGAAUUUAGUGAGAAAGCACAGAGGCUCACUGGGCAUAUUCACAGGAAGAGAGAAUAUUCUCCAAAAUGACCCAUUGGAGGAAGGUCCUGUUAAGGAGUUCAGGCUGUGGAAGCAAAUGACAAAUCUUACAGUGGAGGCUCCAGAGAAAGUCCUUUCCCAAGAAGGAUACCUCAGUGAAUGGACUCUCUUUCCCAAGGAAACAUCCAGUGGUCAGAGGGACUAUGAAUGUACUGACUUUGAGAGAAAAUCUGGGCACUCAAGAUCAUGCUUUCAUAACAGAUUGAAGAAUCGCUCUCAUUACCAGCCAAUCUUUAUUCCAUAUCAGAGGAAUAAGAGAUCCUCUGACUGUGAGGACUGCAGAAGGGUUGUGAGCCAGAACAUACAUCCUGUCCAACAUCAGAGGAUUCAUACUGUAAAGAAACCAUUUGAAUGUAAAGAAUGUGGAAAGUCUUUUAGUUGGAGUUCAGGACUUACUGAACACCAGAGAAUUCACACUGGAGAGAAACCGUACAAAUGUAAAAAAUGUGAGAAGGCCUUCAGCCAAAGCUCAACACUUACUCGCCAUGAGAGAAUUCACACUAAAGAGAAACCAUAUAAAUGUAAGGAAUGUGGGAAGGCCUUUAAUAGAAGCUCAAUCCUUACUCAGCACAAGAGAGUGCACACUGAAGAGAAACCGUAUAAAUGUAAAGACUGUGGAAAAUAUUUCCGCCAGACUUCAGCUCUUAUUACACACAAAAGAAUUCACAGUGGAGAAAAACCCUAUGAGUGUAAGGAAUGUGGUAAAGCCUUUAGGCAAAGCUCAGCACUUAGUAAACACCACAAAGUUCACACUGAAGAGAAAUUUUAUAAAUGUAAGGAGUGUGGGAAGGCCUUCCGGCAGAGUUUAACCCUUAUUCAACAUAAGAGGGGUCACACUGAAAAGAAAUUCUAUAAAUGUAAAGAAUGUGGGAAAACCUUUAGUCAGAACUCUGUCCUGAGACAGCACCAGAGAGUUCACACUGCAGAAAAACCAUUUAAAUGUAAAGAAUGUGGAAAGGCCUUUACCUACUCUUCAUCCCUUAUUAAACAUAAGAGAAUUCACAGUGGAGAAAAACCCUACAAAUGUGAUGAAUGUGGCUCAGCCUUCAGGCAUAAGUCAUAUCUUACGGAACACCUGAGGAUACACACCGAAGAGAAACAUUAUAAAUGUAAGGAAUGUGGGAAGGCUUUUACUCGAAGCUCCCACCUUAUUCAACAUCAUAAAAUUCACACUGGAGAGAAACCCUAUAAAUGCAAGGAAUGUGGGAAGGCCUUCAGCCAGAUCUCCGCCCUCAUUAUGCACGAAAGAAUUCACAGUGGAGAGAAACCUUAUAAAUGUGAGGAAUGUGGAAAAUCUUUCAGCCAGCGCUCAAAUCUUGCUCAGCAUCGGAAAAUCCACACGGGCGAGAGACCUUAUAAAUGUAAAGAAUGUGGGAAGGCCUUCAGCCAGAGCUCAGCCCUUACUACACAUGAAAGAAUUCACAGUGGAGAAAAACCUUAUGAAUGUGGGAAAUGUGGAAAAUCAUUCAGUCAGCGCUCAAACCUCACUCAACAUCAGAGAAUCCACACUGGAGAGAAACAUGAAUGCCCCUGAUGUUCAGUCUGGAGAGUCUGAGUUCAGUCUGAGGAGUCAUGUUGGAGAAAUGCAGCAAUGUAAUGACCAUGGGACAGCUUUUACUUUGGAAAUGUCUUAUUGAAAACUGCAAGCACCACUCUGGACAGAAACCCGAAGAACACAAGCAAUGUAGAAAAGUGGUCUCUCCCACUUCAUUAUAAGUAAACUUAUUCUGGAGGAAAUCCUACAAAAGUGAAGAUUAUAGGAAAGGGAUGAAUCCAUCACCACAGAACAAGAAAUAGGAAAAUUCACAAACCCCAAUGAAUACAGGCAUGAGGUUUGGGCAAAGAAUAGGAUUUAUUUACACCAAGAAGCCAGCUUGCUAGGAAGACAGACUUCUUGGUGGGCAAGGUCCUGUUAGGAAUAUAAUAAAGGGAAGAAAAUAUUUUUAGCAGUGGGCAAGAUCCUGUUAGGACUUCUGCAAAG